AUGGCAAAGGACGAUUCCUCCCCAGAACAAGCUCCAGGUGCUUCAAGCGAACAGGCCACACAGCCUGCCCCCCCGGACAAGGCGCCACCGCACCGUCGGCUCUCACGCAGCCAGAUACGAGCCUUCAAAGAAAUUCAGGAACGUUUUACACACGACCACAGUGUCGUGAUCGAGGGCGGAAUAGGGGUCGGGGAAGCGGCAAAAUGGCUGCAGACCGUCCAUCCAGGACUCAAGACUCUCGAGAUACACGCAGAUGCCUGGACGAACUUUGAGGGAGGGUUUCAAGCACUCGCUAGAAAGGCUAAGGCGAGUUUUGGCAGUGCGCCGCCCUUCCUCCGACAUGAUCCAUACCAGGAAUCGGGACGCCGUAUGCGUCUUGCGACAAGAAGAGAGAACUUGGAGCAGUUUGAAAAGUGGUUCGAAGACGAAAGUCAGAUGUGUACUCGAGGCAACUGGAGCUUCGGCUCUGGAUCUCCUCGCCUCAUUAUGUUUUUUUCGCACCACAAAGAUAUACCUCUCUGCUUAGUUGCGGCGCGGUUCGGUGCGUCUCCUUCGACAUUGGAGACAGACAAGGAUAAAGAACUGAUUAUCCUGAGAAACCUACAUCUGAUCACGACAAGUUACACGUACUGCGAUGUUGAGCUCGGUUGCGAGGUCUUUCAGCGCGGCCUCGAGAUUCUCCCCGGCAUAAAAGCCUUCGUGCUUCGCUAUCUGGAAGCAUCAGGGAGACUGGGGAGACACCGAGAUUUAUUUCUUGCGCGGCUCGCCAAAGCCUUUGAUUCGCAUUCAAAGGACCUUGACGCUGUGACCCCUGGCUUCCGUCAUCUGAGACUCGUUCCGCAUGGGCAAAAUGCGUUUAGUCUUUUCCCUGAAGGGGUGGAUGCUCGGGAUGACUGGGAAUCCAUCAUCUACAACACUGGUCGUUGUAUCCAAGAAAACCGGUUGCCGGUGGGCAACAUGUUUCCAAUGAUGGAGGAGGUGGCUUAUAUUCGUAACUCGUCUCUCGUACUGGCACGCCUCCUUCGCGAAAACGGCAAGAACCAAUGGCAAUCGAAGGUUUCGGAGCAGAUUGUGCUCGCGAAGGAACGCAACCCUGGCCACAGCCCCUCACAGAAGGAGACAUCAUCCGAUAAAAACACAACGUCACCACUUGCUACGGGCAACAGCAGAAUUCUCAGCUCGAGCAUGUCCGAUGCGGCGUGUCUGGUCGAGGAACUGAUCGAGCUGCAAGCAGCCCUUGUCAGCACAUUUUUGAGGUACCGCAAAUGGUGGAAAGCCCAAAAAAUAAGUCUGGGUGUCGUCGAAGCAAUGCGAGAAACCCUGGGAGAGGAGCAUCCCGAUACGCUAUCGAUCAGGAUGGAACAUGCGAUGACGUCUGUGAGACAAGAACAGUGGGAAGAAGCUGAUGCUUUGCUCCGUAGAUUGGUCAGAGACAAGGAGCGAGUCUUCGACGAGAGCCACCACGGGGCACUGGCGACUAUGACGCAACUCGGACGCCUCCUGAACAACGGUGCGUGGUGGGAUGAGGCUGAGUAUAUUCUGAUCGAUGUCAUCAAGAGAAGCAGCACAUCUUUGCGGCGUGACGAUCCAGAUGUUAUUUGGAGUAUGGCUCGGCUGGCAUCUGUAUAUGCCUUGGGAGACCAGGCUCGCUGGACGGAGUUUGAAGUCGCCGUCAAGCAAAUAAUGGACGCAGAGGCAUGGAAAAAAGGCAAAAUACACCCUGAAACCCUGGAAGCCCUGAUCAGACUGGCAUUCAAAAUCCGGAAGUAUGGACGACGGGAACACUCGGUGGUUAUGUUGAGCGAGUGCAUCAAGGUGCUGGAGGGUGCCUUUGAUAACGGUGAUCCGACUCUGAGGAAAAGUCGAUCUUCCCUGCUUCUUUGGGAAAAAGGCGAUCCCGAGGGAUUCGCAAAACAAGAGGAUGUGGGAAUUCUCGGACGGCCCGCAACAACGGGCGUACCUUCUCUCUGGCAACGCUGGGUCACAUAUUUCUCACCACCAGCUGCGGGGUAUGAAAGAUUGUAUUUUCGAUGCGUACGUGGAACCAAGGCCAAUGGUUUGAAGGAAGCUAACGUUUUCAGGGCUGCGGAGAGCUACUUUCGAUGGAUUUACGCGAGAUUGUGCCAGGGGGCAUUGACCGUCUGCGCCAGAGACUCGAGAGGAGUGCAGCUAACGUCAGAUCGCGGGCAGUAA